AUGGCACUACUGCACCGUAUGUCGGGAGAGUGUAUUAAGUCCGAGUUGGAUUUGUUCACAGUCCCGCUGACGCAGACGGUUAUAGAGAAAAACGCCUAUUUAGAAGUACCGCCUUUAUCGGCUAUAUCGGACUCAUCGCCUUUGGAGUUUUUUAUCGCGGGGACCGGGGAAGAUUACAUCGACCUAAAUAACACGUUGGUGUUUCUACGUCUUAAAAUCACAAGACCUAAUGGGGGUGACAUCCCAGAUCCAGCAAAGGUAGCCCUAAUAAAUUACCCCGGAGCUACUAUAUUUUCACAAGUCGACGUCAGUCUCGGCGAUCGCCUGAUAUCUCAGAGUUCGAGCACUUACCCUUACCGAUGUAUCGUCGAGAGUCUUCUCAACUAUAGCAAAGAUGCGCUGGAAUCGCUUUUCUCGGCAGGUCUGUUUUUCAAAGACACGGCGGGUCACAUGGAUGAAACCGAUCCUGUGGGGCGUAACGCAGGGCUGACCAAGAGAUCGCUCUACACUACCGGGAGCAAGGUUGUGGAGCUGCUGGCCCCUAUUCACAGUGAUAUUUUCUUUCAAGAAAAAUUAAUGCUAAACGGCGUCGACAUAAAAAUACGAAUGAUCAGAGGCAAAGACGAAUUCUGUCUGAUGAGCGACGAUGCCUAUAAAUUAAAUAUAGUGUCGGCCUCCCUUUUUGUCAAGAAAGUAUCCGUAUCACCAUCCGUGAGACUGGCACAUGCCCAGGCGUUGCUCUCAACCACUGCCAAGUACCCCAUAGAUAGGGUAUGCCUAAAAAUUUUCUCCAUACCUGCUGGAUCCCGAGUAUCAAAUCAGGAAAAUUUGUUUUUGGGGACGUUACCAAAAUCUAUCGUCCUGGCUAUGGUGGAUAACGAUGCGUUCAGCGGAUCCUACGAGAAAAACCCGUUCACGUUCAAACAUUACGAUUUGGAGUUCCUGGCCGUCUACGUAGAUGGACAGCAAUUUCCCGCCAAACCUCUCCAGCCAGACUUUACCUCAGGAUCUGCCGUACGCGAAUUUUAUCAGUUGGCGACCGCGACCGCGACCGGGAGACAUCUUAAAAAUCAGCCCCUCUCUAUCAACAGGGAUGAUUUUCUGAAAGGCUACUCGCUUUACGCCUUUAACCUCACGCCUGACGAAGACUGCGGUCAGCACAUAUCGCUCAUCAAGUCCGGGAAUAUCAGACUCGAAGCGCGCUUCAGACAACCGUUACCUCAUACUAUUAAUCUCGUCGUUUACGCAGUGUUUGACAGUAUCAUCGAAGUGUCUAACCGCAGACAGGUUCUGGUCGAUUACUACUGA